CAAGCUCCAGCGCGAGGCUCUCCAUCAAUCCAGCUCGGCGGUUUUCCCCCCUUUCAAAUUGUGGUGCCUCCCGCGGUUAAAAUAAUAAUAAUCAUUAAAAUUAAAACCCGACCGGGGUCUGGUUCCACGCUUCCCCUUCGACUCUUCUGUCGCUGCCCCGCAACGUGAAGAGUCAGCAACUUCCCAGCACCCGCUCAGGAAUUACCGGAGAGCGCGCCGCAACACGCAGGCGCGGGGAAGCCACCGCGCUGCGGGCAUCGCCGGGAAUCGUAGUCCCCGCGUCCUCGACCUCCUUCGAGCGCCUGCCCGCUCUGUCCCCUUUCAGGACUACGAAUCCCAGGACCCCUCGCGAACCUAACUCUUGGAAGCCCUGGUUGAAGCGGGCGGCGGAGCGAAGUAUCCCCCUUCAUAAUACACGUACAAAAACAAAAAAAUAUCCAAAACAAGGAAAUGGUGUCCUUAACGCUCGCCUAACCGCCUCCUUCCCUCCUCCUCCUCCUCCUCUUCAUCCCCUCCCGCGCUUUCCUUCCAUGGGUGAGAGACAUGGACUACGAGUUCAAAUCCAAGCUGGCGGCCGAGCGCGAGCGGGUGGAGGACCUCUUCGAGUACGAGGGGUGCAAAGUCGGGAGGGGCACCUACGGGCACGUCUACAAAGCCCGCCGCAAAGACGGAAAAGAUGAAAAGGAAUAUGCACUGAAGCAGAUUGAAGGAACGGGGAUAUCUAUGUCAGCAUGUAGAGAAAUAGCACUUUUGCGAGAACUGAAGCAUCCUAAUGUGAUUGCAUUGCAGAAGGUUUUCCUUUCUCAUAGUGACAGAAAGGUGUGGCUGCUGUUUGAUUAUGCUGAACAUGAUUUGUGGCAUAUUAUCAAGUUCCACCGUGCCUCUAAAGCAAACAAAAAACCCAUGCAGUUGCCAAGAUCCAUGGUCAAAUCACUACUUUAUCAGAUUCUUGAUGGAAUCCAUUAUCUCCAUGCAAACUGGGUGCUUCACAGAGACUUAAAACCAGCAAAUAUUCUGGUCAUGGGAGAAGGUCCAGAAAGAGGAAGAGUAAAAAUAGCUGAUAUGGGUUUUGCAAGGUUAUUCAAUUCUCCACUCAAGCCACUGGCAGAUCUGGAUCCAGUUGUGGUGACGUUUUGGUACAGAGCCCCAGAAUUGUUACUUGGUGCGAGGCACUAUACAAAGGCCAUUGAUAUAUGGGCCAUUGGCUGUAUAUUUGCUGAACUAUUGACUUCAGAACCGAUCUUUCACUGUCGUCAGGAAGACAUUAAAACAAGCAAUCCUUUUCAUCAUGAUCAACUUGAUCGCAUAUUCAGUGUAAUGGGAUUUCCUGCAGAUAAAGACUGGGAAGACAUUAGGAAGAUGCCAGAAUAUCCUACUCUUCAAAAAGACUUUAGGAGAACAACUUAUGCCAAUAGUAGCCUCAUAAAAUAUAUGGAAAAACACAAAGUCAAGCCUGACAGUAAAGUAUUCCUUUUGCUACAAAAACUUCUCACGAUGGAUCCUACAAAAAGAAUUACCUCAGAGCAAGCUUUGCAGGAUGCUUACUUCCAGGAAGACCCACUGCCUACAUCAGAUGUUUUUGCUGGCUGCCAGAUUCCUUACCCAAAACGAGAAUUUCUCAAUGAGGAUGAGCCUGAAGAAAAAGGGGAUAAGAAUCAACAGCAGCAGAACCAACAUCAGCAACAAACAGCACCUCAGCAGCAAGCAGCACCUCAGCAGCAACAGCAACAGCAGCAACAAAAUAGUACCCAGACAAAUGGAACUGCAGGGGGUGGUGGAGCAGGAGGCGGUGGCACUGGGGCAGGUCUCCAGCAUAGCCAGGACUCCAGCCUCAACCAAGUACCUCCGAAUAAGAAGCCACGCAUUGGGCCUUCAGGCGCAAAUUCAGGUGGGCCUGUCAUGCCUUCGGAUUAUCAGCACUCCAGUUCACGCCUGAGUUACCAAAGCAACAUUCAGGGAUCUUCUCAGUCCCAGAGUACCAUGGGUUAUUCUACAUCAUCUCAGCAGAGCUCUCAGUACCAUCAGUCCCAUCAAUCUCACCGGUACUGAAGAACCCUUGUAGAUGGUCUUAGAAAGGAACAGUCAACGGACUCCAGCAAUAUGAAGUUCAUAACCAUGAGAAGAACCAAAAAUGCAAACUGUGAUGAGGAUCUUGAAAUUACAAUUAUCAAAGCAAAACUUUGAUUUAGUCAUUGUUUUCAGACAAGAAACAAUCUCCUCCCUUGCUUUUUUGCCAUAAAGAAGAAUCUUGUGAAGUUUUCCAUGCGCUUGCUUUUGCAUGCAUUCCAUUGUGGUUACUAGAAUGAAACCGUCUGAUCUGAACCCAGCACUUAAACUUCUUUACCUAUGGAAUUUUUGAAGGAUUCCUGGUGCACCUUCCUUGUGUUGUAGUAAUUGCCAUAAAUCUACCCUUUUUCCAAAUCCCUUUACCAGGAUUUUAAAGUUUUGGAAUUUUGAACUCCCAGGCUUUUCAAGCUUGUAUAUAAUUAAUUUUUUACUAGGCAAAUCCGUUUAGCUAUACAGGUAUAAUGCACCUUUUAAAAGCACUAUGUUAUUUUCACAGGAUAUUACUGUUUUGCUCACAGAUGUCAAGAACAGCAGAUUUUACUGUUCCAGAGUAUUUUAUUAUUCUCUUUUUAUUAGUCUAGUUUUCAGAUGAGGUCUUUAAAAAAAAAGAAGAAGAAAAGAAAAGAAAAAUAUACAACCCAAGUCUCUGCAGCAGCUAUUCCAUGUUAUUUGUUUGGCCUGAAUACCAAACAGAAGAUUAUGAAUGUUUGUUUUUCAUUCAAAUGAGAGAAUACCAUAGAUAAUUUGUCAUCAUCUUCCAAGUGGGCUGAUUUAAGCUUUGCUUUAAAUUAAGGCAUGACAUCAAAAGUGGAAGACAAAAAAUUAUGUGGCUCAAAUAGAACAAGAGUUUUUUUGUAGUGUAUUCUCCAGUGGUUAUCUGUACAUGCAGUGUGUCUUUGUGAGUGAUAAUCUGCGUUUUGGAACUCUACUCUAGGAGUUCAACAUCACUGGGAGAAAGGGCAAAGGAGACUGCUACUGCUUUUGGAAAUUGUGGGGAGGGACCAGGUGUACUCUCUUUAGUAGAUUUCUAGUAUGCUUUUAUAUUAGUUUUGUUUGUUUCCCAUGCAACCUUUUGUUAAAUUUUGGUUCUGAAUCUUGCAGCAAAUAAGAGGAGUCAAAAGUUUUCUGGCACCUUAACUGUUAAGAGUCUUAACAGUUUUGUCGCAUGAGCGUCUACCUACUUACAGAACACUUACAAUCAUGAACCUUGACAAGCCAUUAUAGUUAUUAUAAUGAUUAUUAUAUUAAUAGUAUUAUUUUAUUUUAUUAUUAUUGUUAUUAUUAAAUUUUCAUGAUCCAGGCAAAUCAGAUCAAAUACUGAAAAAGAAGUUGCUGAACAAUGCCUGGAAGAUAUUUAAUCUUUUCAUGUUUAAAAUGCAUAUUAUGUUGUCUUACCACUGCUUUGAUUAAUGCAGAUUGAUUACACUAGGUAAGCCAUGCUAUUCUGAAAUGUCUCUUUUCUGAAGGUUACACACAUGUGCACACACAUACACACACGUGCACACACAAAACAAUUGUACUUAGGCCUAAAUCUAACCGUGAAUUUCACUGUAUCAAUUGCUGAACGGUAAGUCAGUGCUUAUGCAAAUUCCAUGGGUGUAAUUAAAUAGGAACUAACAACUGGAUUUAAGGCUUAUUGGACCACCACUUUGCAAAGGAAAUGUCAGAGCUCAUGAACAAUGUACAUGUGAUUAGAGACAACAAUACUUGGAGGCAGCUCAUUUUUUGAAAGAGCUCUAGAAAUAUAGCUGAUAUGCUUCAUUCAGGGCACUAUAUAUAUUCUCAAGGUUGUGUAUAAUUCAACAUCUUGUAAAUCUAAGCUCCUCUGUUUUGUUUUAAAACAGAUUUUUUUGCUUUAGGAAGAUAGGCUUUUAAACUUAGCGAAAUUUUAGGAUCUGGGAGAAAGGAAUAGAGUGGGAUUCUGGGGACUGGGCUUUAGUACUGAGUACUUGUAUCCCUUCCCUUUAACUAGUAAAAGCAUAAUGAAUUAUCCACCAUCUAUGAUAAUUUGCAUUAUUUAUACAGAUUGCAGGAUCCAGCUUUUCUUUGUGUAGAAUUUGGGUGACCAUGGUGCUGAUUUUUUUUGAGCACACCCAGCCCUAACCUUAUUGCACUAAAAUUGAAAAGGCAUAUACUUUAGAAUAUAUAUGCAGUAUCCAGUAUUUUAAAAAAGAAACAUGUGCUUUAAAAAAUAUAUAGAAGAAGGAGCCAGCUAUUUAUAUAUGCAUUAAUGGGCAUUUACACUAUAUAUAUAUAUAUAUAUGUAUGUAUGUAUGUAUGUAUGUAUCAUGAGCUCAUGCCUCAUUGUGUUUUUUGAAUUGAUCCCUGAUACACAGAAAGCUGUCACCCAACAUUUUGCACUAAGAUUACAACAGAAACCGACAGAGUGAUAGAUCAGUUUUCUUAGAGGGCAAACUUGCUUUAGAGUAAUGAAAAGUAUCCUACUCAUAAUACCAGGUAAAUGUUCAUUUAACUUAAAACAAUCCAAAGUGUUGUUACAGGCAUCGUUCCAUUUGCAGUUGAUAUCAAGUGGCUUUUUUGAGAGCCAAAAGUUAAAUAAGUGAGUACAUAAUAGGUGGAGAAGACAAAAGGUCUUCACUGAGACAAUUCCCACUCUCCAACUUCACUCUUUGAAAUGUUUUGUGUAUCAUGUGUCUGAGCUGGUUUUGUUGGCUGGGGCUAAUGUUUCUUUUCUGCUUGGGUUCCGUGCUCCACAUUUUCAUUUUCUGUAUUUGAACUAAUAUCUGGUCAACAACGUAGAAUGUUACUGAACAUUAUUCUAACCAGCUCAUUUCUCUCUUCUCCCUCGAUUGCUCUGUCUCUCAGUCUACUAUUGGUUGUAAUCUUCUAGUGCACCUGUGACAAGCUUAGUCCAAGUGUAGCUUCCUCUGUGCAUGCAGUGUGGCAACGUGUGUUGAAUGUGCUUUAUCUCUAUGAGCUUCCAAUCCCCUAGAACAACGGCCAUGAUUAUUGUCUAUACUGGCAAGUUUGUAUUUGCAUAUUUGCUGGAAAAUAAUUGCUUGCUAUAUUCAAUUUUCCUGCAGUGUCUGAAGACACAAAUGUAGCUGUGCCGAAUACUUCAUGGCCUACCCAAAAAGCAUUGACAGGGGAGAUAGAUGAAAGUUUAGGUUUACACCUUUUGAAAUGUUUACUGCACUCAUUCUCUAUUUGUAUCUCGGCUUCUGGGCAUACUUGGCCUAUUAUUGUGAAAGUGUUUGUGUAUAAUAAGAUGAGUGUCUCAUUUAUUGCAGGGCUAAAGAGAGCCAAGGUAAGGUAGCUUUGUUUCAGGGGAAAUUUCAUGAAUCAAAAUGUAAUGUAAAGAUGAAUCAUAUAUUGUAUCUUAUGAAAACACAGGACACAGAGAUUUUCAUAACUCUGUGGUUCAGUUAAUUAAUUCUUACUAGAAUGUGCAGCUUUGACAUCUAUAGGUUCUUUUUUCUAUCAUGUUGGUUUUUAGAUCACAAUUUUGGCUACUUUGGGAGAUAUAGCAGCUUCAAAAUCAUGCACUAUUUCUCACCAGGUUUUCAAAUAAAAGGAGCAAGGAAACAGCAUUAGCAAAGAAUUAUGACAUGAACUGUAGCAUAGACUACAUAAUGAAGGAAGAGUUUAGUGAAAGCUGCACAUCCUGCACUGUAUCUGUAACACUGUAUCUUUUGGGGCGGGAGGCCAUCCUGAGGUUGGUUGGGGAGGAGGAAGCUUGAAAUAUUUGGUUAUGUAUAAUAUUUUAUAGCAACAUACCAGGCUUAGUUUCCUUCAUAAUCUUCAGUGAUGGUACUUAAGCAAAAUUAAACAAAGAUAACUGUUUUAAGAUUUUUAAAAAACGGCAUAUUGUACAUAAGGCCAUGUGUAAUCUAUACAUUUUGCCACACCAGAACAAUGUGUAUUGCUUUAUGGGGGGAAAGUCCUUAAUGCACUGAUAUCUCCAAAAUAUUUAGUAGUAAAUUAAUACUAUUUAAUUUUUUAAAAAAUAUCUGUCUUGUGUAGACACUAAAAAGUAUUACACAAUGUGGACUGAAGAUGUCCAUUUUUAACAGCAGUUUAAAUAAUGUUUUAUAUCUGUCAGGUAGUAUACUUAUCAAAUUGUUGUAAUUUCUUCAUUUUAACUAUUUGGAGGAAAGGUUGCCUUUCUUUAGUUUUCUUUUAUAAAUAAUUUCACAUAUUUAUCUUUUAUCUUUGUAGUCUUGUCAUUAUAUAGUUAAGUUUUCUGUCCACUUUUAUGCCUCUUUAGUACACUAAUGAGGGCCCAUGUGUUAGUGGUGCCUGUUGAAGUUUGCAAAUAAAACACUUUCAAAUCCACAUUAUGUUCUCACUUGGUAGAUAUGGGAUAUUUUAAGCGAGAAUGUUACAUUUAAGUCAACUAUGUAUGUGGUGCAGUGAAGUACUUUGAAAAGGCCCCAACACAACCCAAGACACAAACCCAUACACACAUGUGCAGCAAUCUGCACCUCGCUCUGAACCUUGAGAAUUCAGUCAUUCCUUAUCAUAAUUAUCAGGCAUUGAUCUUAACUGACUAUCUUGAUGAAGUGAAAGAGGAAGAAUCUAGCAAUUAAGGAGCAAUAUUGUAACUGUCCAAUAUGCUUCCCAACCUUAAAUCAGUUUAAGUGGUGCAAAUACAAGGUGGGUGAACAUAUCUUAUCGGGAAGUCCAGUUCUUGCGGCCACCCAGAUUCCCUCUCCUCCUAGCCCCUUGAAGGGAACAGGAGGGCUCAACAGCUGGCUAAAAAAGUCCCACUCACUGUGCUGGAUAAUUAUAUUAAGCUGAACCAGACAGGCUUUGCCCUCAUAAAGCAUUUACUGUUUGUUUUUCUGUCCUUAUGUUGCUCUUGAAAGACUGUUAAAAAACUAUGCUUCUGUUCAUUGCAUCUAUUUUUUAUUUUUGUUGUAAUUAAAUUGAAUUGCUUCCGUGUGAAUUUUUAAAUAAAAAUAAUAUACGUUUGUAAUAAUAAUAAUAAAAAGUUGAAGUCAAGAA